AUGCCAACAUCCCUCGACUCCAGCUCUCCUUCCGCCCCCGCCUCACCCGCAACGACAAUGACCUCCACCCAAACCGACCACCCCGCGCCAGAAGUCGACAACUCUCUAGACGACAUCUUCGGCUCUUCCCCACCAGAAGGAACAACCAUCGACACCAGACCAUCCCACGCGCAGCUCCAACGGCCCACAGCCGACCCAUCCGAGUCCCCCGCACUCCGCCGCCAACACGUCACAGCAGGCUAUCGCGACGGCGUCUCCGCUUCAAAGGGCGAACACGUCCAAGAAGGUUUUGAUGCAGGAUACCCCGUUGGCGCACAGCUGGGCAUGAGAGCCGGAACCAUCCUCGGUAUCCUAGAAGGUCUCACGCGCGGUCUCGAAGAGCGCAGUGGCGGCGGCGUAGUCAAGAAACCAUCGCGGGGCACCGCGGCAGGUUCGGCUUCGACGGGGAAGAUUCAAGAUGGAGGGCAGGAAUCGCGUCAACUGCUGAAGGAGCGCAUUACGAAGAUCUACGAGGAGGCUACUAAGGCACUUGACGUCCAGUCUGUGUUUACGGGCUUUGAGGCCGGGUCCGGUCCGGACCCCGAGAACGCGGGUAAGGCUGCGUCUGAAGAAAUGGCCGAGGUGCAAUUGGGUCGGAAGGGAGAUGCUGUUGUGUCUGUCUGGGAAGACCGAGUUGCUGUGCCGAGGUGGGAGGAGAAUAUGGAGGCAUUGGAGGAGAAAGAGAAAGAGGAGGGUGUUUCUGUUUUGCAGGGAGAGAAGGGUACAGCUGGCGUAGCAAGUGAGCAGAUCUGA